UUGUGGGUGUUUCCAUGAUUUCUAUGCGACGUCGUCAAGGUUUCUCUGGAAUUAGAAUCCACGCCCUUGUGGGUCUCUGACGUCGAUGAGAAUCCAGUCGUAAAGUGUGGAAUGCUCCGUUGUCUUCUUUUUCUUCUUUUUCGUCGUCGACGGGGUGUUUCUCUGUUUUGAAGCCGGUCCUUGCUGCAUGCACUGGAUAAAGAAGAAUACAAAAAAAGCACACAACACAACAGAACAGAACUACCCUCAACAACGACGCAGUGAUCGCCACGAGAAGUUGAAGCAGAGAGCCGUGACACCAUGAAAGUCAAUAUUCUGAAUUGCGCUUGCGCUGGUGGAUGCUUGAUACAGAAUGGCAUGCUGUUGCAUCGUGGACCUGGGACGCGCACGAUGAUGCUUGUGGAAUAUGUCGUAUGGCAUUCGACGGAUGCUGCCCCGACUGCAAAAUGCCUGGCGAUGACUGCCCUCUGAUGUGGGGAGCAUGUAAUCACGCAUUCCAUCUGCACUGCAUCUUGAAGUGGGUGAACUCCCAGAGCCCGCGGCCUCAGUGCCCAAUGUGUCGUCGGGACUGGAAAUUUCGAGCAGAGUAAUACCGGAUGCACAAGCAUUGUCAUCAAACCUUGUUAUCCUCCGAACAGCGUCCUGGAUAAGUUACUCUUAGCACAUCGGUGUUUCGUUCAGUAGAUUUGCACCCCAUAUGAAAGGGAAAAAAGAAAAGAAAAAAAGAAAACAUUUGUGUUGUUUAAUUCUCACAAAUGUUUAAUUAGAUGUUUAGAAAUUCUGAAAUGUAGCUGGUGUUCCGUCUUCUUGUCUUGAUCCUUGGAUGGAGUGCACCCUAGAAGGCAAACUGGCAACUUUGGCUGUUGAAGUUAAAAAAGACCAACUGACGAGGGAACAGGUGCUAGAACUUUGAACGUACUUGAAUUUCUUGAUCAUCGUAGCAUGUCUGCAGUUUGAUCAAAUUCUGAUAUGAAACAUUUGUUGUGGUUUUCCAGUCA